AUGAGCACAGAUGGGGAAAUGUCAGUCUUCGGGCCGGCUGCCCACUUCCUCCGCAAGUCUGACCAGGAGAGGACGGAGGCUCAGUCUCGGCCGUUUGACAGCAAGACGGCGUGCUUUGUCAGCAGUGACAAGGAGCUGUAUGUGAAGGCUGAGAUCCAGGACAGGGAGGACGGCAAAGUCACUGUCAGGACUGUGGAUGACAGAACUCUAACCGUCAGGGAGGACCAGGUGUUUCCCAUGAACCCGCCCAAGUUUGAUAAGAUCGAGGACAUGGUGAUGAUGACGCACCUGCACGAGCCGGCCGUGCUCUUCAACCUGAAGGAGAGAUACGCAGCCUGGAUGAUCUACACCUACUCCGGUCUGUUCUGUGUGACUGUUAAUCCGUACAAGUGGCUGCCGGUCUACAACCCCGAGGUGGUUCGGGCCUACAGAGGGAAGAAGAGGAUGGAGGUUCCUCCUCACAUCUUCGCCCUGUCUGAUAACGCCUACCAGUUCAUGCUCACUGAUCGUGAAAACCAGUCGAUUCUCAUCACAGGAGAAUCUGGAGCAGGAAAGACUGUCAACACCAAACGUGUGAUUCAGUAUUUUGCGACAAUCGCAGUUUCUGCGGCAGACAAGAAGAAGGAGAGUAAAAUGAAGGGGACUCUGGAGGAUCAGAUCAUCCAGGCCAACCCGCUGCUGGAAGCUUUUGGGAACGCCAAGACAAUGAGGAACGACAACUCCUCUCGCUUUGGUAAAUUUAUCAGAAUCCACUUUGGCACGACGGGGAAACUGGCAUCUGCAGAUAUUGAAACAUAUCUGCUGGAGAAAUCAAGAGUGACAUUUCAGCUGUCGGCAGAGAGAAGUUAUCAUAUUUUCUAUCAGCUUACUUGCAACAAGAAGCCUGAACUGAUCGACCUGCUUCUCAUCACCACCAACCCCUAUGACUACGCCUUCGUCAGUCAGGGGGAAAUCAGCGUCAAAAGCAUAAAUGAUGCUGAUGAGUUGAUGGCUACAGAUGAGGCCAUUGAUAUUCUGGGCUUCACUUCUGAGGAGAAAAUGUCCAUCUACAAACUGACCGGAGCUGUGAUGCAUUAUGGGAACAUGAAGUUCAAGCAGAAGCAGCGGGAGGAGCAGGCGGAGCCCGACGGCACUGAGGAAGCUGAUAAAGCAGCAUAUCUGAUGGGUCUGAACUCUGCUGACCUGCUGAAAAGUCUCUGUUACCCCAGAGUGAAGGUUGGAAAUGAGUUUGUCACCAAAGGACAAAAUGUUCAGCAGGUGUACAACUCUAUCGGUGCUCUCGCAAAAUCCGUCUACGAGAAAAUGUUUCUGUGGAUGGUGAUGAGAAUCAAUCAGCAGCUGGACACGAAACAGUCCAGACAACAUUUCAUCGGCGUCCUCGACAUUGCUGGAUUCGAGAUCUUUGAUUACAACAGUCUGGAGCAACUAUGCAUCAACUUCACCAACGAGAAGCUGCAACAGUUUUUCAACCACCACAUGUUCGUGUUGGAGCAAGAGGAGUACAAGAAGGAAGGCAUCGACUGGGAGUUCAUUGACUUCGGCAUGGACCUGGCCGCCUGCAUCGAGCUCAUUGAAAAGCCGAUGGGAAUCUUCUCCAUCCUUGAAGAAGAAUGCAUGUUCCCCAAGUCAUCAGACACGUCUUUCAAGAACAAACUGUACGACCAACAUCUGGGAAAGAACAACUGCUUCUUGAAGCCCAAAACAGUGAAAGGGAAACCAGAGGCUCACUUCAGUCUGAUGCACUACGCCGGCACGGUGGACUACAAUGUCACUGGCUGGCUGGAGAAGAACAAAGACCCUCUGAACGAGUCUGUGGUGCAGCUUUACCAGAAGUCGUCAGUGAAAACUCUCGCCAUGUUCUACGCGAGCUUCUCUGGAUCUGACGAAGCAGCUGCAGGAGGAACUAAAAAAGGAUCCAAGAAGAAGGGUGCAUCGUUCCAAACUGUGUCAGCGCUGUUCAGGGAGAAUCUGGGGAAGCUCAUGACGAACCUGAGGAGCACUCAUCCUCACUUUGUGCGCUGCUUGAUUCCAAAUGAGACCAAAACACCAGGUGAGAUGGAAAACCCGCUGGUGAUCCACCAACUCCGCUGCAACGGCGUGCUGGAGGGUAUCCGGAUCUGCAGGAAAGGAUUUCCCAGCAGAAUCCUCUACGGAGACUUUAAGCAGAGAUACAGGAUCCUGAACGCCAGCGCCGUUCCAGAGGGACAGUUCAUGGACAACAAAAAGGCUGCAGAGAAGCUGCUCGGCUCGAUCGACGUGGAUCACACGCAGUACAAGUUCGGACACACCAAGGUGUUUUUUAAAGCUGGUCUGCUUGGCGCUCUGGAGGAAAUGAGAGAUGAGCGGCUGGCUCAGGUGGUGACGUCCACUCAGGCUCUGUGUCGCGGCUACAUCGUUCGACUGGAGUACCAGAAGAUGAUGGCCAGAAAGGAGGCAAUCUACACCAUCCAGUAUAAUUUCCGCUCCUUCAUGAACGUGAAACACUGGCCCUGGAUGAAGCUGUAUUUCAAGCUCAAACCUCUCCUGAAGAGCGCCGAAGCUGAGAAGGAAAUGGCCCAGAUGAAGGUGGAUUUCACCAAACUCAAAGAAGAUCUGGCCAAAUCAGAAAACCGGCGGCGGGAACUGGAGGAGAAAAUGGUCUCAGUGGUGCAAGAGAAGAACGAUCUUGUGCUGCAAGUCCAGUCGGAGGCAGACAAUCUGCUGGACGCAGAGGAGAGGUGUGAAGGACUCAUCAAGAGUAAGAUCCAGCUGGAGGCCAAGCUGAAGGAGGUGACGGAGAGGCUGGAGGACGAGGAGGAGGUGAACGCCGAGAUCACGGCCAAGAAGAGGAAGUUGGAGGAUGAGUGCUCCGAGCUGAAGAGGGACAUCGACGAUCUGGAGCUCACUUUGACCAAAGUUGAGAAGGAGAAACACGCCACAGAAAACAAGGUGAAAAACCUGACUGAAGAACUCAUGAGUCAGGAUGAAAACAUCACCAAACUGUCGAAGGAGAAGCGGGAGCUGCAGGAGGCGCAUCAGCAGACGCUUGAUGACCUGCAGGCAGAGGAGGACAAGAUCAACUCUCUGACCAAAGCCAAGACCAAACUGGAGCAGCAGGUGGACGAGGUGGAGGGUUCACUGGAACAAGAGAAGAAGGUCCGUAUGGAUCUGGAGAGAGCCAAGAGGAAGCUGGAGGGAGAUCUGAAACUGGCUCAUGAGUCCAUCAUGGAUCUGGAGAACGAGAAGCAGCAGCUGGACGAAAAGCUGAAAAAGAAAGACUUUGAGUUGUCUCAGCUGCAGUCGAAGGUGGAAGACGAACAGGUUCUGGGUGUUCAGCUGCAGAAGAAAAUAAAAGAGCUGCAGGCUCGAAUCGAGGAGCUGGAGGAGGAAAUCGAGUGCGAGCGUUCGGCUCGAGCCAAAGUGGAGAAGCAGAGGUGUGAACUGUCCCGAGAGCUGGAGGAGGUCAGCGAGCGGCUGGAGGAGGCCGGAGGAGCCUCCGCCGCUCAGGCCGAGAUGAACAAGAAGCGAGAAGCCGAGUUCCUCAAGCUGCGGCGAGAGCUGGAGGAGUCCUCGCUGCAGCACGACGCCACGUCCGCCGCUCUGCGGAAGAAGCACGCCGACAGCGCGGCUGAACUUGGAGAACAGCUGGACAACAUCCAGAGAGUCCGACAGAAACUGGAGAAGGAGAAGAGCGAGUUAAAGCUGGAGAUCGACGACUUAGCGAGCAAUAUGGAAACUGUAGCCAAAGCAAAAAUUAAUUUAGAGAAAAUGUGCCGUUCGCUCGAAGAUCAACUGACUGAGGUGAAAACCAAAGAGGAGGAGAAUCACAGGCUGAUAAACGACCUGUCGAGCCAGAAUGCUCGGCUGCAGACAGAAAACGGUGAAAUGUCUCGCCAGCUGGAAGAAAAAGAGUCCUUAAUGUCGCAGCUGACGCGUGGAAAACAAGCUUUUAUUCAGCAGAUCGAGGAGCUGAGAAGACUUCACGAGGAGGAGUUGAAGGCGAAAAACUCCCUGGCUCACAGUCUGCAGUCGUCUCGCCACGACUGCGAGCUGCUCAGAGAGCAGUACGAGGAGGAGCAGGAGGCCAAAGCCGAGCUGCAGCGCUGCCUGUCCAAAGCCAACAGCGAGGUCGCUCAGUGGAGGACGAAAUAUGAGACGGAUGCCAUCCAACGCACCGAGGAGCUCGAGGAGGCAAAGAGGAAGCUGGCGCUGCGGCUGCAGGACGCAGAAGAAGCCGUGGAGGCUGUCAACUCCAAGUGUUCGUCUCUGGAGAAGACGAAGCAGCGGCUGCAGGGAGAGGUGGAGGACCUCAUGAUGGACGUGGAACGAUCCAAUGCUGCUGCUGCCGCGCUGGACAAGAAGCAGAGGAACUUUGACAAGGUUGUGGCUGAGUGGAAGCAGAAGCACGAGGAAGGUCUGGCGGAGCUGGAGUCGGCUGUUAAAGAGGGGCGCUGUUUGGGCACUGAGAACUUCAAGAUGAAGAAUUCCUUUGAGGAAUGUCUGGAACAACUGGAGACGCUCAAACGGGAAAACAAAAACCUGCAACAGGAAAUAAUGGAUCUGACUGAGCAGCUUGGGGAGACAGGGAAAACCAUCCACGAGCUGGAGAAAUCAAAGAAACAGGCUGAGCAGGAGAAGCUGGAGGCUCAGGCUGCUCUGGAGGAGGCAGAGGCCUCUCUGGAGCACAACGAGUCCAGGAUCCUGCGAGUCCAGUUGGAGCUGAAUCAGGUGAAGUCCGAGGUGGACAAGAAGGUGGCGGAGAAGGAAGAAGAGAUCGAUCAGCUGAAGAGGAACAGCCAGCGAGUCAUUGACACCAUGCAGAGUAACUUGGACGCCGAGGUGCGCAGCAGGAACGACGCUCUGAGGGUGAAGAAGAAGAUGGAGGGAGACCUGAACGAGAUGGAGAUCCAGCUGAGUCACGCCAACAGGCAGGCGGCCGAGUCCCAGAAACAGCUGAGGAACCUGCAGAUCCAGCUCAAGGAAGUUCAGAUCCACAUGGACGACACUGUGAGAAACAGCGAGGACAUGAAGGAGCAGGUCGCCAUCUCCGAGCGCAGGAGCAACCUCAUGCAGGCGGAGAUGGAGGAGGUCAGAGCGGCUCUGGAGCAAACGGAGAGGAGCCGCAAGCUGGCGGAGCAGGAGCUGCUGGACGCCAGCGAGAGGGUGCAGCUGCUGCACACACAGAACACCAGUCUGCUCAACGGUCGGAAGAAGCUGGAAGCGGAUCUUUCUCACAUUCAGGGAGAGAUGGAUGACAGCGUCCAAGCAUCCAGGAACGCCGAAGAGAAAGCCAAGAAGGCCAUCACUGAUGCUGCCAUGAUGGCUGAGGAGCUGAAGAAGGAGCAGGACACCAGUGCUCACCUGGAGAGGAUGAAGAAGAACCUGGAGGUGACGGUCAAAGACCUGCAGCAGAGACUCGACGAGGCGGAGAACCUCGCCUUGAAGGGCGGGAAGAAGCAGCUGCAGAAGCUGGAAGCAAGGGUGCGAGAGCUGGAGAACGAGCUGGAAGCAGAGCAGAAACACGGCUCGGACGCUGUGAAAGGAGCUCGCAAACUGGAGCGCAAGAUUAAAGAGCUCACCUAUCAGUCUGACGAAGACAAGAAGAACGUGACGAGACUUCAGGAUCUGGUGGAUAAAUUCCAGCUGAAGGUCAAAGCGUACAAGAGGCAGGCUGAAGAAGCUGAGGAGCAGGCCAACACUCAUUUGACCAAGCUGAGGAAGGUGCAGCACGAGCUGGAGGAGGCGACAGAGCGCGCAGACAUCGCCGAGUCUCAGGUCAACAAGAUGAAGGUCAAGAGCCGAGAAAUGGGGAAGGUGAAAGAGAGUGGAGAGUAAAUCUGUGGAUCGGCUGUGUCUCUGAAGCUCAGCUAGUGUGCAACAUACUCUUAACCAAAUAUCUGUUUAUUUCUUCUUUUAAAGCCAUUAUGUGUACAUUUAUUAGAUUUUACACUUUUUAAGUAUUUUUGAUGGCCCAAGUUGUUUCAGUCCAAAUUAACUGCAAAUUUUAACCAAAUUUCCAGAAAAUCAGCAAAAGAAAAUGCAAUUUAAUGUCAGUUUCUGUCCACUACUGUCAUUUAAUGAUUAGGAUUUGAGUCCAUCAAGAUGUGUUAUUUAUGUAAGGGAGAUUAAAGUGUUUUACAUUUGUUGCAUUUUGUUUAUCGAUAAACCACUUUUUCCCUCCUCCUCUAAGUGUAAAAUCUUUUUUGCAAAAUAAGGACUUUGGACUUAGGGUUCAAGUUCAUCGACAUAAAAAGCUGGUGGUGCUAAUUCUCCAGUCAGGUGCCGUUAAAUUGUUGCAAAAGAAGAAGCACUCCAGUGCAGAAUACAUGAUUUUUCAAAGUUUUUCUAAUUGAUUUUAUCACAUAAAUGCAGCCUCUGGAACAUGAAAACAAUACAGCUUGUAAAUAAGAAAAGCUUGUCUACCAUACACUUUUAGAACAAAUUAUUUUCUGAUCUGUCUACAUAUAAUGUUAAUUUGUCCACAUUUUGUUUUCUUUUCUUUCUGUGUUACUUUGUGAUGUGGUUUUUCAUUGAUAUAAUUGUGGAACUAAGUUGCCUAACCCUGACUUAUGUUAUUUACAUUUUUUUUUUAGAAAACAUGAGAUAUUGUAUUUCUGUUUGUUUCACGUAUUAAUGUAAAGAAGGUCUCCUUCACUAGUUACAUUUGUUUUUAUCGAUUAACCAAUUUUCCCCAGUUCUUUAAGCAUACUAUUUUAUUGCAAAAUUAUAACUUUUCUUUCUUUGAAAAUUUUCUUGAAUUCCUACGUAUAUCUUUCGGUGUGCAAAUGGGGAAAAAGCACAAAAAUAAGUAAAUAUAAAACAACAAACUCAGGAGUUAUUUAAAAAAAAUCCACUAGAGGGAGACAACGUAUUUUUCUUUUAAAAUCUACACAUAGUGGCUUUAAAUAUUUAUUCAAAUAUGGUGUUGUUUGCACUGUGGUAGUGGAUGUAUGUUGCAAAUAUAAUUUAAAUAAAAUCUAAAAACACCCCCCU